AUGAUGUCGGCGCGUCCGCGCGGGUUUGAAGACGUGGCCAGCCGGCCCGGGUGGCGUCUGGGCGGUCUGUGGUCGCGGCUGAACCGGUCCGUCACGUCCCUGGCCUCCUCCAGCAGCCUGCGCCAGACCGGAUCCCAGUGGGGGAGCUGCGACCUGGAGUGGGACGCUGAGGGGACAGGCUUCUCACCGCGUCGCUCGCGCCGCCGGCCGCCCGACGAGGAGCAGAUGUCGUGCGGCCGCACCAUCGACACGUGCAGCGUCGCACUGACGCGCGAGACCUCGCCCACCAGCCUCGACUGGGACGCCAACUUCGACCAGGACCAGCUGGAGACGGCCGCGCCGCCGCCGCCGUCGCCGUCCGACCGCAUGACGACCAGUGACGUCACCAACGGCAACUUCGCCGACGUCACCGACGACGAGACCGAGCAGCUGAUUGGCCAGAUCGACGCCAUGACGCAGCGGACGUUGGCGGAGACGGGCUCGGUGAUUGGCUUCAUUGACGAUCCGUGACGAGCGGCCGGC